AUGGAUCAAUCAUAUUUAGAUUCAAAACGAUGGGAACAAUUAAUCGUAUCUUAUAUGCCUAAUUUACGUGUGAGAAAAUAUUAUACAUUUUAUUGGGAAUCAGAUAUUCAUAUUUGUUCACAUCUUCAAGAAAAUGAUUUAAAUUCAGUUAAACAUGUUCAUAUUCAUAAUGAACGAAUGACAGAUAAUUUUGUCAAUUAUUUUCCAAAUACUACUCAAUUGACUCUUCAAUAUCGUUCUGAAAAAUUUGAUAAUUCAAUAAUAACAAGUUUUGAUCGUAUUGUUCCUUUAGAACAACUUACUAAAUUAGUUAUUGAAGUUUAUAAUUUUCCUUUUGAAGAAUUUAUUAUUAAAUUAUUAUGUUUGACACCUAAUUUACAAACACUGAAAUUGAAAUAA